UGCCGCGCCGCCGCCGCCGGCCGCCGAGCGUCGACCGCCAGUCGGCCCGAGCCGUGGGAGCGCAGUGAUAGGGGCGGGCGGUGAGCGGCGACCCGGCCGGUCAUGAGCUGCGCAGUGAUGUACCAGCCCUACUCGGCAGGCCCAUACCAGCCGCAGGCACCGGAAGCAGCGUUCGGGAGGGGUGCGUCCCCCGCCGACACGACAGCGGCGACGGCGACGGUCGGCGGGCAUGGCAAGGAACAGAAGUACAAAGUAUGUGGCAGUCCGUCGGCGCCAUCGUUGGCCGGCCACCAGACUCCCCCGGGCCAGUCGGAGGAGGACGCGCCACCCGGCGGCCAGCACAACGUCAAGUUCCUCACCUCCAACUGUGUGCUGGUCACCAACUACUGCGGCGACGCGGCGCACGUGGUGGACGAACACUUUGCCAGGGCGCUCAGUCACGGAGCAGGCUUCGAGACCAAGCACGGAAUGGCCUCGGGCAAAGACAAUUUGCCGAUGACUCAGCGGAAUUUACCGGCGUCUUUCUGGAACAGCGGCUACCACAGUCGAUCCACGGCGACAUCAAUAGGUCACGGCGGGGGUCACGACCUCUACAGUGACCCGUACCACUCAUCAGCACUCCACGGCCUACAUCAAUCUGCAGACCCGUGGCACUACGCGCUGGCCACGCAGGCAGCUGGCUACCCUGCGCGUGACUUGGCCGGCUACGGCAGCAGCACGGCGGGCGUAGCCGCCGCCGCUGCCGCGCGCUUCAACGGCUACGGCCCCCUGCUGUUCCCGUCUGGCUCUCGGCUACCGACAACCGGACAGUCAACCAAGAGCGAAUGGGGUGCAGCACGGGGCUACUCAGAUGUUCCUCCUGAACUGGGUGCACACCCGCACCCGCACCCACACGCGCACCCGCACGCGCACCCGCUGGACCCGGGCUUCGGGGCCGGCGCGGUGGGAUAUGGCAAUGGUUUGACAGGUCUGGAGUCGUCCCUGCACGCGGCAGCCGGCGGCAAGGACUCCUACUGGCUGUAGAGCUCCGGCGCCGCGGUCCCACCAAGACCCUGCACCGGCGGCUUAGCUCACCUGGCAUUCAAAUCAAAAUGGCGGCCGGCUGGGUCAGCCCCGUCCGUCGCGCGCCGGCCGCUGGGCGGUGCGGGAACCCAGUUGUGACCCCCAGUGCCUUGGCGCCGCGAGAUUUGUGUGCUGAGGAUCGCUGCCGUACGUUUUCUGUACGCUGCCGACACGUUGUUCAUGUUGCUGUUUGGAUGUUUUGUUUCAUGUGCACGUGUGUUGUCGAACAGAGAAGGUCUCGAGAGUUGACCGAUGUUCGAUUGCUGGAUGAAAGAUGGUGCUAUGUUCUGAAUGGAGAUGAUUUUGUAGAAACCACCUGUCGCUGCAGCUUAUCAUGUCCAUCACAGCACACGGGCACCUAAUCGUGAGCUUCAUUCAGGUCACCGUAAGCGGUGUUUCGAUGUACAAUGUAUCGGUGGUUAGUCAUUUGGACGUGCGCCUGUCGUUGACGCUAGAGUCGGAUGCUCUCUGAUCUGACUCGCUGAGAAGCUCCGACGCGCUCUGCGUGGUGUGAGAUGCGCUCUGUAAGUGUUAAGUAUUUAUUAUUUGUGCUGUGGGAGAUGCGGCAUGAACUGAAUAAUCAUAGAUACGUAUUCAAGUUGUGUUUUAUCAUGUUCGAUUGAUCAUUUAGCUAGAAUGGAAAUAAAUGUUGCAAAAUAU